GUGCCUGUGCUGAUUUGAAAACAUCACGAGAGGCCUGCGCGCCAUGCAAGUCUUCAGUUUUGGCAAAUUCCCGGAACUACAAUAGAGGUUGCUUCAUCCAGUGUCCAAGUUAGCGUAGCAUGCAGGGAUUGCAAACGCCACUACAAUCAGCAUCAAUUAAAACUAACAGCGUCAGCAUUGGCAUCCAGUAGUAGCAACGGAAGUAGCAGUAGCAGCAACACAAAAACGCUCAACAAAUGAAGAACAUAAACUUUAGACGCAGUUGAUAACUCCGCCGAUAAUAGUAGUGAUAACAACCAGUACUAGCAGCAGUGUAAAUAUCAACUAUACAAAAGCAAAGCUCCUACCACUGGCAACAACAAGAACGUGAAAACAUGUCCGAAGUUGGAGAUAUUAACGAAGCUCUGCUUAAAGCCAACAAUACUAACCGCUCUGCUGAAGCUAACUUUGAUUCUGUUGAAGAUAAUUGCUCAAAUGUAUUGGGCCUUUCCAAUAAAACCAACCGGAAGAGCAUUACUGUUGACAACACAAAUGGUGAUCCCAGUAAUGAAUUCGAAAUCGAUCAGCCGGAUCCGGAUAAUAUAAAGAUGUUUGUUGGACAAAUUCCCAAAUCGUGGGACGAAUUGCAGUUGCGACAAAUGUUUGAACAGUACGGGCGAGUUCAUAUACUAAAUGUUCUGCGUGACAAGGUGACAUCGGCGAGUAGAG